AUGGUUGAUACAAGACGUACGAAGAGUAACGCCACCACGACGGGCCCAUCUCAUGGUUUCGUGGUGGAAACCUCCAUGCAACAGCACGGAAUCAUGCCUGCCAACGCCCUGCAGCCGUCUUCUAGUGCUUUGCAGCCGCCUUCAACUGCUGGAAUUGCAGAACAGCCGCCACAUGACCCUGGGACCUCCACAGCCUUGCAGUCGCCAGCGCCGAUUACCGGAGCUGCUCUGCCUCGCUGUCCUGCCGUCGGAGCACAGCAACAGCCACACCACUUAACUACUGGACUUGCUGCACAGCCCCAUGGCUACUCUGACAUCGUCCCAGUCUUGGAGCAGAUCCAUUCUCUCCCUCCUCUGCGAUCACACUUGACAUAUGCACCUGUGUACGCGUCUAAUGGAGCCCUAGCCCACAUGCCGUUGGGCCCAAUGCACACCACUCUACUUGACCCGGGCAGUCAGGUGGACCUUAACUCGCGGGCCCCAACCUUGGACCCCCGUGACGAGGAGAGGAGGGCACACGAGCAUGCUGGCGAGCAGUUCGAGAGGUCCCAGGCUAGUCAGACAAGGGCAAACCGGCAGGGAAGAGAGCGAGAUCGUGCAGACGAGACGCAGACAGCUGCGAGCCGUACUCUGAGCCGUUCGAGGCUAGGACCCAGGACCAAUGUGCUCGAGAGGCUAGGCCCACAAUCCAAUGUUCGUGCUCGCUUAGGUCCACAAGGAGCUCGAGUUCGUGAGCGGUCGCGGCGACAAGCUGUGGAGGGAUCCUCCCAAACUCAACCUUCUCUCCUGCCCCAUCGGCAGGGCAACCAAGGGGAUCGACCCUUGGGAGCUGGAGAAGAAGUUAGCCGAUCACGUUCGAGGCACCGAAGACGUCGACCUGAACGACCUUCCUUGCAAGCAGAGGAUGACGAUCAACGCUCACCAGCCCGCUCGAGGUCCAACAUGCGGCGACAAGCUGUGGAGGGAUCCUCCCAAACUCAACCUUCUCUCCUGCCCCCCCCGGCAGGGCAACCAAGGGGAUCGACCCUUGGGAGUUGGAGAAGAAGUUAG